AUGGAAUUAAUCCGACUAGUUUUAAUCACAAUGUUUGUCUGCUUAAUAAUAACGCAUAUUAACGGGGUGACCCCACUGCCCUCAGCGAAUUCAAUCUCAACCUCUAAGCAAACUUCCUUAAAAUCGGAGCUAAAAAAACUCAAGUACAAAUUUACAACGGAGAUAAAUGUUCGAUCACAAUCCAACGACACCAUUGAAAUCACUAUCGAAGAUCCUUGCAAUUUUGAAGACGUAAACAAGCGCGUGACUUGUAAACUCGACGACCCAAAUUUCUGCAAGUUGUGCCCUUACACCACUUGCAAGCACUUUGACAAAGAAAUAACAAUUGGAACAAGUAUUAUUCCGAAGAAUAACGAGGGUGAAGGAUACUGUGUUGCGUUUAAAGACAUGUCAUCAGGCUGCAACAAGCACCACGGUAAUUGGGCGAUGAUAAAGGCCUCGUCUUUCAAAGGUAACCUCAAUUCAAAUACCUACAUCAGGUUCUGCCUCUGUAAACGACCUGGAUUUAUUGGCAACAUGACUCUGUUCGGGAACUGUGAGCAUCCCUUUAUCUGCGACGGAGACGUCGUCAACAUAAACGUUCCCUACAAUGACAUAGAGUGCAAGUGUCUCAACGAAUUCAAAUCGAAAAUCAUUGGAGACAAUUGGCACAGUUGCGUUCCUCCUUCUGUUGGGGAACGCGUCAACUGGUCAACCGUGCCCAAACCCCAUAAUAUCGCCGAGUCUUUCAUUCCCGUAAAAACAUACUUUGACAAAAUGAUCUCUUAUUAUGUUGGGAACCUGGAUGAACUGAUCGAUCCCUGCAGCAGGUGUCCUGUUACCGGGAAGCCGACCUACGCCAGAUCAGUUACUAUUAACACACGUGGUAACUCUGAUGCUACGGUGAUCUGCCGACCGGCUGAAAGUGAUGAAAAAAACGAGCCAAACUGGGGCAUCCCUUUGAGGAGACAUACUAACACUGGCAGUGAUGGAAAUAUGAAGCGUCUGCUGAAAGGCUCCUGGGGUCCGGAUGUCAUGUUGGCUAUCAAGUGGAAGGAGCUGUGGGUCUACGAUGUCGCCAAACAUAACAAAACCGACAAGAGCACGCAAGACUGCGUGUUUGUCUUUAAUUACAAAGACAACGAAGAUUUCUAUCUAAAGUUAGGACUGGACAAAAAUUAUCAGUAUGCCAUAAACGCUGGCAAGGACGCUUUUCUAGGCCUAACCGUCUUACCAAUGUCAACGUUCACUCCAACGGUGCUAGCUGAGUGCCACAGAGGAGGUAUAAUUGACUAUAACCCGAUAUCCCUUCGGUACAAAUGCAAUAUCUUGAAUGAAAACCUGGCUUGCUUUCUCGAACAACAUGAAAUCAAAGAUUUUAUAAUCAACAGCAAACAUAAUAACAUAUCCUCAACUUUUCUGAUUCGGAACUAUCAACAAAAAAGGGGUCUGUAUAUCGAUGAUAGCAGUUACUGGGAUGCGGCACAAGAAUUGGGGCGUGCCUUUGGUGUAGCUCUGUAUGAAUUUAAUGAUGAAAGCUAUCAGUACCUGACUUACAAUCCAGCGAUUAGAUCUAAUCAAAUUCUUAAAAAGAAUUUUCCGUUUGUUGCCAUGCGGGUCAGGCCAAUGUCGGAUAAAGAAAUGAAAAAUAGCCAUUGGAAACGACAUCGAAUUUCCGGAAUUCGACAUUUUGUUGUUGAUUUUGUGGUGACUAAUGAUGAUAAGAGUAGUGAGGGUUUUCUCACCGAACAUCAUCAUCAUACAGCAGACACUAAUUUUGUAUAUAAGUGA